GGUUAAGCAUCCAGAUUUAGAAAAAGCUCUUAAUAUUUGGGUUAAUCAAGCAGUAGUAUCUGGUUUAUCAAUUUCAGAAAAUUUAUUAUACAAAAAAGCUUGUUAUUAUGCGAUGGUUAUAAAUAUUUCUGUUGAAGAUAUGAAGUUUUCUAAUAGAUGGUUAAGUGGAUUUAAGCAAAGAAAUAAUUUAAAGGUGCAUAAAAUUCAUGAAGAAGCCAAUACUGCAUCAAUUGAAUUAUUACCGGACAUGCGAAAUGAAUUAAGAACUCUAAUUGCAAGGUACCGACCUGAAAAUGUAUUCAAUGCCAAUGAAACAGGUUUAUUCUAUAGAAUGGAAUCUAAUCAAACUUUAUCAUCUGGCCUCGUAUCUGAAAAAAAAAAAAG